AUGGCUCGGAAGCCAUUGCGUGUGCUGGACCAGGAGCACCACCAGGACCCUGCCAUCGAAGACCCGAUCGCUUUCGAAGCUGAGCACGACGAGGUGCCUGCUGUGAAGCGUCCCGACCUCCCAUCCCCGCCGGAAUCACUCCCUUCCAGUACGGAGUCAUUGUGCCAUUUGCCGUCUUUGUCCCAGCUCUCGCAGACCCUUCGCCUGGCAAAGUACCAACGGCGGCGCUGCUCCCAGCUGCAAUUGCAACUACAUCGGUUGCAGGUCACAACGGCGCAAACGGCUCGCCUGGGAGUCAUCUCGCGUUGUAUUCAUAGGACGUUGGCGGAGUGUAUCAGGUCCGAAGAUAAGCCGAGCUUUGUGAACCUCUUGAAUGCGCUUCACGAGGCCGUGGAGACCUACAGUGAGCGCCCGUUUGCAAGUACGAGCCAGGAGUGGAUGACUUCUAGCGAGCCAGUUACAGGACUACAAUCUCCCCUCGAGCAUUUACCAGAGGGCACUCGAACGGCCGUUCUGGAGCUACUGACACAUCUCCGGCAUAGCGGAGACUUUGUUGCUGACCGCCUAGCUUCACUCACGCACAAUGAGCUGCUACGGCUCGUUCCAGACCGCGCCCAAAGCCGAUGGUCCGACUCUGUUCUAGGUCCUGCCACUGGACCCUCGUACCGUGCAUCGAAGCUUCUAGGCGUUACAGUCAACGAUCUAGUCGAUGUACUUUGUGCGCAACGCUUUGCUAACCCCUUGGCAGCGCUGGUGCAUGUCGUGGAAGGCCACAGUCCUGACAAUCUGUAUGAGGCCAAGCGUAAGCUUGACGUUUGGUCCACAGUAUGCGCCCGUCUGCUUGCCGAGCAGAGACCGGGUAUCGAGCAGCUGAUACCGGCUGUCCUGGAUAUAUGGGCUAACUUCGAUGCAUGGCCCGGAAAGCAGCGCCUUGAGCUGUGGAUCUUGGAGCAACUCCAUCGUGGGUCUUGCUUGCUUGAUCAACCCAAUAAGCAGUCCUUUCGCAUGCGCGUUCAAUCGCGACCGCAAGCGCCAACCGAUGAGGACCGAAGUGUGGAAAUUUUCUACUCCAAUGCUGUACACUCACUGCUGGACAUGCUGGCCGAGGGCGAGAGUGACAGUGUGAUACCGGACUCCGUCACCAGCAUGUGCGAGAUGAUAUGGAGGAAGCUGGCCUCGUCGCCAGGGCAUCAACGUGGCUUUUCCCGCUUCGUAGCCACCCGCUGGCUGUUCAACCCGUUCUUCUGCGAGGCAGCGCAUGGCAUGCUGCUGGAACACUAUGUCUCCGAGCAUGCGCGCUCACGAAUACUGCGCGAGGUCGUCACUCGCGCCCAAAAAGCCGUGCUUGACGUCGCUUACGCUUGGUACGAUAGACUGACAAACGAGCAAGUGCUGACUGACACAACGAGCAGGAGACUGAGCAGUCCUGUGCCCCCUGAAAUGACAAGGCGUGUGGAAGCCAUCUUCACUCGCUUUGAAGGUCGCGGAUGUGACAGUAGUUUACCUGCUGCCGAGUACGCUCGCUCAAGCACCCCGGAGCCCGAUGUCUCUGUUGCUGUAUCCUCCUCCGAUGUUAUCUCCGCGAUCAGGGCGCUCUUUCCGCAAAGGAGGCCACCUUCGUUCUGUUCGGCUGUUAAUGAUGCCAGCUCUAGCCUGCAGUCUUCCGCUUCCUCCAUUUCUGGCUUCUCAUUGUUCCGCAGCGUAGACCGGCUGGAUCAAACACCCUCAACCGGAUUUGGGGAUCCGAACGAGAGCGAAUCAGCCCAUCCGCCAGGGGUGACUCAAAGCUCGGGUUUCGGGGUAGGUGUUAGAUCGUCUCCGGUUGCGUUCGUUGCAGAAGAGCUGCUCAAAGAAGCUUGCACCACGUUGGAGGGGUUCCAGACCAUUAAUGGCCGUAGCCAUCACGACUGGACUAUCCUCGCCGCUAGAGCUGGCGCUUUGUCGUUAUGCGUUUGUCCCUUGACUGUUCCACCAUUACCGGAGGCUGCAGUGAAGAAAGCCAUCCUUACGCGCCAAGGAUCUCCGCACGUGAACCGGCUACAUCCCGUGCUGGAGGAGCUGCUGCUAACCUAUCCGACAGUUGCGACUGAUGGAUGUACUGUGCCUAUAUUGACAGAACUAGAGACCUUCGGUAGCAUUUUCUCGCACCUACGUACAUCGAUGCGCGAUCAGGAACGAUUGGCUGAGCAGGCUGGCGAUUUCUUAGGCGCGCAUACUUGGCACGAACGCCUAGAGUCUCUAGAGUCGCUGGGAUCUUGUGGCCAUGGUCACAAGUGUCUGGCAGCAAUGUUAAGCUGUACCUAUGAACUAGCCAGCCUGUCCGUUACGGCCGAUGAGCUGGCUAUUUCUAGUUACGAAGCCUGGGCACGGCUCGCCAAGCCAGUUUUGGAGCGGGCAAACACCAGUCUCGGCGCGGCACUCCACAUUGCAAACGGUUUGCGGGACAAGAUGUGGUAUGUAGCAGACGUUCGCACCUCAGGUCCGUACGAUGAAGUCAGAUCGGUGGCAGGCGCGCUCCAGGUUAUGGGCAGACCGAAGCGGACGUCCAGAUCGCGGAUGGCACCACCACUGAGGCACUUUAGUGGCACGAAAGCAUCGGCGACCAGCUUGCACCUCAAGAGUGAGGCACAGAUUGUGGAGCUGCUGAGCGCGCUUUCUGGGCAAGGCGGGCCCAACAAGCUGAGUGACGAACAAGCUCGCGCGACCGCACUAUGGCUGCAACGCAACAACAUCGAGAACCUGUGCCCCGGCGAAGAACGUUUGCACAAGCUCUGUAUGGAGGUUCGAAAAUGCGUCGACAGGCUUACUGCUCCGGACAUUGCUUCUGUACCGGCCAACAGCAUAUUCGCCCGUGAUCACUUUAGUGCUGCCAGGCGAGACGGAGGCAUUGCAACAGAAUCUACAACGGCGUGGUCAAACACCGCUUCCAAAUUGAGCCAACUUACACUUCGGACAGAUCUCACGCACAGCAUAGACGCCGUGUCCGACACUUCUCAUCCACUCUCAGGUUCAAGUUCGAGGGAAUACAUGAUAUCGCACAGUCCUACCCUGACCCACAGAUCCUCAGCACAUUUCUGGUCUCCUGCCAUCACCGAAUCACCAUCGAGCGCUACCAGUAUCGCCUCCUUCCAGAAGCGGACAGGUUCGGGCAUAUUACCCGGCAUGCGCCAUAACACCCGGUGGACAGUAAACCUCGAUCAUCUAGAACAUCUCAGAGCGACACUGACGAGCCUGCUGCUUAGCGACGUCGCGCAAGCCGUGUGUGGCGAUGGAAGCGAAACGGAUCUUUCGUUCUUAGCCGGCCUCGGUCGAGAGCUCGCUGAUAAGCAUGCGAUCUUGCCCGCGAUGCCAGAAACCCCUGAGCAGACCUCGGCGACGAAAAGCAAGAGCAAGAGGUCUUCACAUUCAGGCCGCUUCGACUUUAUGAACGUAUUUUUCAAGACUAUGCGAUCGUUCGCGCUACUCAGUAGCCCGUUUGUGAAGCUCACCAUCCUACAUCAGCUAGACGAGCUUCUGGCGUUGUAUGUUCGCGGGCACGAGACUGCCGCACGAUUGCCCAAGCCGGUACCCAUCGGAGCUCAGCUGCCCACUCAGCUGCCCACUCAGCAGUCACGAGAUGCAACUUCAAGCCCCGCAGAUGCCAGCGUUGUAGGCUUCCGCAUGCUGUUCAGCGACAGCAGGCUGCGACCACGUACCAUCUUCCGAGACUUACAGUACAUUGCAGCCCUUGUCUCGCCUUCGAUACUGGAGACAAGUCCUGCUGGAAAAGCAUUCUGCAACGCUGCGGUCGCGCUCACUGGCUUGAAGCAGGACAUCCGACGGCUAAUGGUAGAAACGGCCGAUGUUAUCAUCGCUUAUCAUUCGAACAAUCGUGGUCACGGACGGUCAGCAUCAACGGCGCAGCAGCAGCGCGACUCUGCCACCUUCUCAACGCCGAGGCGCACAUCUCUAGCCGAAGACGUCACGAGGUACACUAUGGCGCAUGCUGCCACGCUACUGCAGAUCACGGCUAAAGAGGGUGACCUGGUCGCGCAGCGGGAGUUGGCCACGCUCUACUUGACGCACCCAGAGCUGAUGGAUCACAUCAUCGCACCGUUUGCGCGGCCCAGAGACGUCUUCAAAGAGGAGCUGGAGAGCAAGUGGCGGAAAAACCAGGAUCCGAACCGGUGCGAUCCAGCUACCAUGUGUGUGGCGCACCAUUGGAUGAGCUUGAGUAGUAAAGGUGGCGACGCCUUAGCGACGGAGUACUUGAGGCAGAGGGAGGAAAUGGAGAAGUUACCGUGA